CGGCAGCAUCAUCAUCAGAGAACCCAGGAAUUAUUUCGUGCAAGUAGCAGAAAAGGCAGAUCCAAAGCAACACCUACCAGCCCAGCCCACUAACGAAGCCGACAACCAUGGGCUCGAGCUCGUCUAAGCCGGAGGCGAGCCAAUCCUCACAUGUCUGGAAGGCAUCCUCGCCCAUAGGCAUCUCGCACGAUGUUGUCGAAUCCCUCCAGUCGAGUAGCGAAACCGACACCACACGCGCGCAGACCCUCGAGCUAGCCGUCCAAGAACGCGUAGCCUCCGAACUCAAGAAGCUCGAGGAGCAGGGGACAGCAGCGCUCAAGGCGGCGCAGGACAAGAUCGCGGAGCUCGCGGACGGCGGGGCCGGCGAGGACGACGACAAGCAGCUCAGCCGGCCGGCCGUGUCGAAAGAAGUCGAGGCGCUACGAGCGCGCCUGCAAAAGCGCAAGCAGCUGCGCCCGCUGCCGGACACCGUCGAGCAGGCCCGCGGCAACGUCGUGCGCUGCCUGAUCGAGAACGACCGCCGCCCGCUGGACUGCUGGCGCGAAGUCGAGGCUUUCAAGGAGGAGGUCCGGAGGCUGGAGAAGGAGUGGGUGGAUAAGGUCGUUUCGUAAAUAGGGGAGGGGGUGGGCUCUCUGCGGCUUACGAAGUAAGACGAAGAAGAACAAGAAGAAGAAAAAAGAGAAGAGAGAAGAGAGAUAAAUAAAUAUAUAUCACCUCUUCGGACGAUGUCCAAUCGCCACACCCCAUACCUACGAUACGAUAGAUACUCUGUUGUAACAAUAUUCGACACUUAUAGCAUAGCAUUUUAGGAAGCGCUCAAGGAAAAACAGAGCUGCAUAGAAAGAUGGGAUGACGAUUAGUUUCUUGCAAUUCCGUACUGUAUGUUGAGUGCU